AUGCGUCCUCCUUACCCCGCCCCUGUCACCGAGUGGCAUAACGAUACCUACGACGCCAUAUCUCCAACGCGACCAGAACUAUCUCAGGCUGGCAAAGUUGUUGUUGUCACAGGCGCUGGCUCGGGCAUCGGGCGAGAAGUCGUUGCAGCUUUUGCUCAGGCCGGGGCCAGUACCAUCCAUAUCCUCGGCCGCACCACAUCGACGCUUGAAGAGACGAAACAGAUUGUUAAAAAGCAGAAUCCCAAAACUACCGUUGUAGUCCAUGUUGCAGACAUCGUGGAUCAGGUAGCUAUGACGGUCGCUGCCGACAAUAUCGGCUCUUGGGAUGUCAUCGUUGCAAAUGCUGGAUACAUUCCCAGCCCGGAGACUAUCCAGAACGGCAAUGCGGACGAGUGGUGGAAAACGUUUGAGAUCAACGUGAGGGGCAAUUACAUCCUAGCUCGCACUUUGCUACCGCACAAAAAGAGCGGUGGCACAAUCGUGGCCUACUCAAGUGGCUUUGGAUUCCUCCCCCCAGGACUCCCAUUCCUUGCGAAGAACUCAGCAUACUCGACAUCGAAGAUGGGAACAGCUCGCUUUUACGAGUUCUUGGCCGUGGAACAUCCAGAUCUGAAUGUCUUUAUCGUGCAGCCUGGGGUCAUUAAAACUGCUCUGUACGAGAAAGGCGAAUUGCAUCUUGACAAUACCAUAGACACUACUAACGUUGUCACGGUUCAACUUCCCGCCCAUUUCACUCUGUGGCUGACGACCCUGGAAGCAAAGCCACUCUCUGGCCGCAUUCUAUUUGCGAACUGGGACGUUGAGCAGUUGAAAUCUAUGGUAAUACCCCGACUUCAGACCAAUCCAGUAUAUCUGACAACCACUCUGGGAGGGUUUCCAUUUAUUGGUUGA